AUGGGACUGAAUGUGCUGGUCUUUUGCCUAACUUUUUUGGCGGUCCUGAGACUCUCGACGGCGGAAAACCCAUCCUUUCGUAUCAUCGCCCCGGAGUUCAUCUGUCACCCGGAACGAUCCCGGGGAAAUUCGGUCAGCAAUACCACGGACAGUAUCCAGCGGAACUCGUCGGAACCAGUGGCGAACCCAAGGCAGCUUACGAUCGGCUUUCAAACGAAAGGAGGCCAACGAUUACACUACCGCGUGACGACGUACUUCAAGCUCCUGGAUGGAUUCGUCAGCCAGCGGCACACGCUGGGUCUAUGGCGGGCCGUGCGCCUUCUGGAGCAGAGAAUUCGGCGCGAUCGGGACCUGAUCGCCGACAGCGGUCAGCUGGCGAUGAACACCGACGAGCUGGUCCCGGGUGCCGUGUACGUAUUCGGCGUAGUUGGCGUGACGGACGAUGGGACGGUGAGCGACGAGCAGAAUUUCACCAUGACCUACCGCAGUCAAGAGCAGGGCGCAUCGUUCGAAUCCUUUGACGGUGCGGCGUCCAGCAACGAUGAUGUGUCGCUGUUGCUGCUUGGUUCCGAAACCGCCUACGCAGAUAUGGAGUACAGCGUGACGGCACAGCUUAUCUUCUGCCGUCGCCGAACGGACUACUUCUUCCGAUGGUCUAUCGAAGGGUUGGACGAGCCUUCCGUGCAUGUCAGCAUGGAACGCUCCGAGACGCUUCGGGUACCGGCGGAUAGUUUUACUCCCGGUCACACCUACGGUAUCCACGUGGAGGUGCACACAUCAUCCGGCGAACAGGGCAUCCUAACGAUGACUCGCAUGAAGGUGACGAUUCUGCAGAGGCAAACAACGUUGGUACUGGUUCCCUCCGAGGCGGUCGUGGGUAUCAAUCAACCAACUCAGAUCAAAGCUCAUAUAACCGGUGGACGACCAGAUCUCGAGACCAAGUGGACGUGUCUCCGUGAAGAGGGUGACACGAAGGAAUGUGAAGACAUGAUGGAAAUUGGUGACGCAGCAACCACCGCCACCUUCUUUAAGGUAGGCAAUUACUCCAUCACGGCAUCAACCAGCGGGAUCGGAACGGAUGUGGCAAGUAACACCCUCCUUUCAGUUAACUCGAAAGUUCUUCCUUCGGUAAGGUUACUGGAGUGGUCCCAAUAUCCGGCUGUGUCCGGUGCACCCUUUCGAAUGCUCGUCAGUGUUUCCGGUCUCGUACCCAAGUGUCAAUCCAACUGGACCGUAUUGCGUGAGGAUGGUUUUGCGUACUUUGACCCCUCGGAGAUUCCAGCAGAAGCCGACGUUGAAAAAGGAUCGCUGGGGAAUUUCUACAUACGCGACAUUGAAGAGAACUUUCUCUCAGAGCUCGUCGACUACGGCAAUGACACGGUGGUAAAGGACAUUGUCCUCUCCAUACCAGGAGCCGACACUGGUGUGGACCGCUCUUGGAAAGGACUGGAACCGGAUGUACGUUACAAAUUCCGUCUGGAAACGAAGUGCCCUGAACCAAUCGAUUAUGAUCAAUCCAUCACAGCGCAACAGGAACGAAAGUUGGUCGAAAGCCACUGGACCUUUGUACUGGAAACAAACGGUGCCCCCCAAGCACCAGCGGUCGAAGUGACUCCGGUAGGGAAUGGAACAGCGCUGGAAACGGUGUUUCAAAUUAUUUCUGGUUUAGCGAAGGACUCCAAGCAGGACUACCCGUUGCGAUACAGUUUCUGGUAUGUUGCGGAUGGUGUGGACAUAAACGUGGGUUCGUUUUACGAAAUUACGUCUGCCGAGACGGUCCUUCCGUACACCAGGAACGGAACCGUCCGCACGUACGUUGUGGUUUGUGAUUCCCGGGAGGCAUGCACCAAAGCGGAUGGUCCAGAGGUGCACAUUGUCUUGGGGAAGGAACCUUCGGAUGAGGAGAUUUCAUUUGCUCUCGGGUCCAUCGAUGGUUUCUUCGACAGACUGAACCUCAGGGAGGCGCUGAAGGUUGCCUUCGAGUUGCUGGUCACUCUGCGCAAUCAAAAUUCUCCCCGCUACGCUGGCACAUACCAACGGUUUGUGGAUAUCUUCCGGCAAGCGGUAGUUCGGGUCGGGAAAAUGUACACUGAAACGACGUUCCUUUCGGAGGCCACGAUUCAACAAUUUAUCAUGCAGGCGAAACCCAUCCUCGAUCUAGAGGAAGCGUCCAACCAUGAGCUCUUUCAACAGCUGUUGGAACUUAUGGAACCACCGGGCGUGGCAGAGUCGGUCCCUCGCAGACGCAAACGAUCAACGGCCCCAGUGCAAGCAUCGGCUAGUGUGGCCAAAAUCAGCAACAAACUAUAUCUGAUGGAAGGCAUGACCGCUUCGAGUAACGUGUCCGUUGCUCGAGAGUCCCGUACGGCGCUGCUGAACUACGUCCAUCAGGCGGCCAAGGAGUACUGCAUGAGCGUGUCCUAUCACGAAUACGUUGGACAGUUGAUCACGCUGACGGUGAACCGACAUCGGAGUUUGUCGGAGGUUAACUUUCAACAGUUUGAAAUUACCAACAAGGUUCUGCUUCGCGUUCCCCCUCGCCGGUCCGAAUUCAGGGAUGCCUUCCCGGAGACGGAAUACUUCUGCGUCGGGCGCGUUUACUACGCACGGGAUAUUUUCGUGGAGCGAGCGGUACACGAGCUGGAUUUAGGAUUCUACGAAACCUUUCUCCUGUCGAUCGAGAAGGGUGGCAUGUGGACGCUGAUAAGCUGGAGGAGUGAUUAUUUCCUCUGGUCGCUGGAUGGGCGUCAGCUGCCGAACGUUACGUGCCAAUUGCGAGAGGAUGAUGUGUGGACUGGAAAACAUUGUAUAACGACGGAGACACCCACCGAUGAAGUCCUAUGCAACUGUACCAAGAUGGGUUACUUGAGGCUAUCUAAUGAAACUGAGCCGGAGUUAGAUACCUCUUGGUCCACCACAGAUAUGUUUUCGACGGAAGCAGUUACGACUGCAGAGACUGUGCCAGAAUCUACAGCGGCAUCCAGAAUGGAAAGCACUUCAAAUUCGGCAGUUAUAGAAACAUCAUCAACACCAGCAAUAACCACAAACCUAGUGCGCACCAGCACGCCGGGUGUUGCAAGCACUACGGAAAGUGACAUGGUAACACUUCCCUCUAGAGCUGACGCGUCCACCACCCCUCAGAGCGUCACCGAGCACGUGACCCUUGAGCCACCAUCGACAAAUGGAACCUCUCUUACCGAGCACGGUCCCAGUCCGUUGCAAGCUGGCGACAUUUCCGGCAGUGGAAAGGCACUGGCACCUACCGGCGAACCAUUGCAUAAUCGACCGAUGGCAACGUCGUCCAUCGCGUACACAAUACUGGGGGCCCUCGGUAUCAGCACGUUGCUGAUGGCGGUGCUAACCGUUGCCUAUCGCCGCCGGCGGGUUGUAUUGCGCCUGGCAGACGAGCUACACACCGUGCCGAAUCGGGCACGAACGCAAUCGCCACAUGUGAGGUACGCGCGAUUUCAGGACGAACACAACAUGACCGGCGAUAACGUCUCGACCAUUUCGGAUGUACUAACGAUCUAA